AUGGAUAAAGACUACGCCCACGCCGAUCACCAGGAGCAUAUGCCUGCUACUGGCGAAACUGAGGAAAAGAUGACUGCUGGAAGAUACAUUGCCACUCGCAUCUCCACACUCAAGCCGCCAAUGACCAAGGUGAAGAAUCCCAUUGGUCUCCUACGACUGCUCAAUCUGCAACAAUGGCUCUUCUUCUCUGUCGCAUUUAUCGCAUGGACUUGGGAUGUAUCCGACCUCGCCAAGGAGUUUGGAAAGACCACAAAGGACAUUACAUGGGGUAUCACACUGGUCCUGAUGUUCCGCUCUGUGGGCUCUAUUGCCUUUGGUAUUGCAGCAGAUCGUUACGGACGCAAGUGGCCUUUCGUUGUCAACAACAUCCUCUUCAUCAUCCUUGAACUUGGCACCGGUUUCUGCCAAACCUACAACCAGUUCCUUGCUGUUCGUGCACUCUUCGGUAUUGCCAUGGGCGGCCUUUACGGAAACGCUGCUGCGACUGCACUUGAAGACUGCCCAGAGGAGGCUCGCGGUAUUAUCAGUGGAAUGUUGCAGCAAGGUUAUGCCUUUGGAUACCUCCUCGCUGUAGUCUUCGCUCGUGGUCUCGUUGACACCACUACUCAUGGCUGGAGACCUCUCUUCUGGUUUGGUGCCUGUCCUCCUGUCCUGAUCAUUAUCUUCAGAUUGUGCCUUCCCGAGACACAAGCAUACCGCGAACGCCAAGCUGUGCGUGAAUCUGGCAGCCCAAGCAUCGGAGGUACUUUCAUUGCCGAGGGAAAAAUUGCUCUCAAGCGCCAUUGGCUCCUUCUGACUUACAUGGUCUUGUUGAUGGCCGGCUUCAACUUCAUGUCUCACGGCAGUCAAGACCUUUACCCAACCAUGCUGAAGAACCAGUACCGCUUCGACGCCAACGCUGUCACAGUCACUCAAGUUGUUGCCAACCUUGGUGCAAUCGCCGGUGGCACAACCAUGGGCUACUGUUCUACCAUCUUCGGUCGUCGUCUCACCAUCAUCGUGGCUUGCGUGGUUGGUGGUGCAUUGCUAUACCCUUACACCUUCACUUCAUCCAAGGCCGUCAUUGCCGCUGCUUUCUUCGAGCAGUUCUGCGUACAAGGUGCUUGGGGUGUUAUUCCCAUUCACCUGAUGGAGUUGUCUCCUGGUGCCUUCAGAACUUUCGUCGUCGGAACAUCUUACCAGCUUGGCAACCUUGCUUCCAGCGCAAGUUCGACUAUCGAGGCUCAGAUUGGUGAGCAGUUCCCUCUGCCUCCUGCUGGCAAGGUUGAGAGAUACAACUACGGAAAGGUCAUCUGUAUCUUCCUUGGUUGUGUGUAUGCCUAUGUUAUCAUCCUCACUCUUGUUGGUCCCGAGUUCAAGGGUCGCGACAUGAGAGUUACUCAUGAUGAGGAUACCGCAGAGGCACUCGGAACGACUUUCAAGGAGAAGCGCAAUGAUUCGGAGUACGCUGAUCGCGUUGAACACGUCUCAUAA